CCGGGUGCCCGGAACCCCCUGCCUUCUCCCCCCACCCCCCACCGUGUGAGCCAGGACGCAGUGGGACCCUUGGCCACAGUUUGCCAGCUCCAGAAGCCCAGAACUGGAACCCGUGAGGCACAGCGAUGGACGGCCCCCGGUACCCAGUGUCAGUGUGCGCAGCGGCCCUAGUGCAGACAGCGCGGCUUCAGACAUUUGCCUUCUCUGUGCACUGGUCGGAUGACAGCGACACUUUCGUGCGCAGGAGCUGGGAUGAAUUCAAGACGCUCCAGAAGACCCUCAAGGAAACCUUCCCAGUAGAGGCGGGCCUGCUGCGGAGAUCUGACCGCGUUCUCCCCAAGCUUCCCGGUGAGGCCUCCGUUCCUGUCGUGUCCGCAGACGCAUCGCUGUUGGUACGCGGGGGGCGCACGGGCCGCGGCCUGGCGCGCCUGCGGCUGCUGGAGACCUAUUCGCGGGCGCUGCUGGCUGCGGCGGCGCGCGUGUCUCGGAGCCCAGCGCUCACCGGCUUCUUUGCACCGCAACCCCUGGACCUGGAGUCCGCGCUGCCACCCGGCAGUCUGGUGAUCCUGCCCGCUCCUGAAGAGCCUCUACCCCGCCCGGCUGACAGCCUUGCCAUCCGUGGCCUGGAGACUCAGAGCCUGCGCUGCCUGCAGCCCUUCAGCACCCAGGACACACAGGGCCGACCUUUCCAUGCACGGGCCCAGGAGAUCCUAGACGUGCUGCUGCGACAUCCCUCAGGCUGGUGGCUGGUGGCAAACGAAGACCAGCAGACAGCGUGGUUUCCUGCUCCCUACCUGGAGGAAGCGGCCCCGGGCCAAGAACGACGACCCCUAGGGAGUAGUGGGUCUCAGUUCUGCGCUUUUCAAGCCUAUGAAAGCAGCCACUCAGAUGAACUGUCAGUGCCUGCGGGGGCGCGCGUGCGCGUGCUGGAAACUUCGGAUCGUGGCUGGUGGCUCUGCAGGUUCGGAGGGCGCUGCGGUCUCCUCCCCGCUGUGCUGCUGCGACCCGACGGGCUGGGCGCGCUCCUGAGUGGCGCAGGGCUCCACCGCGAGGAGGACCGUGAGGAGGACAGGGUGGGAGAGGCCCAAGGCUCCCCAGAGAACCCCCAGGCCACAACCCCUCCCCCUACCGUGCCCACCCGCCCUCUGUUGAGCGCCAUCCAGAGCCGCUGCUGCACCAUAACCCGCAGGGCACUGGCACGCAAGGACCCCCGCGAGGGCGUGUGGAGCUGCACAGAGGGCAGGCCCAAAGCCCCAGACCCCAGGGAUGACUGACACCAGCCAUGCCGCCACCACCACCACCACCACAGCUGGGGGAGGAGUAUUUGAGGGUGGGACCCCGUGGCUGGCAGGGCCAGGAAACCAUACUCUCCCAUUUCCAGA